GGCCUGGCGCGGCCGGGGCCGGGGAGCGACAAGUUGCGCCCAGCCGCUGCCGGGCUCGCCCUGCGGCUCGCAGGUGGCGGGUUCGCGGCCCGGGGGCGCCUGGAGGGGAGCGCAGCGAGGGAGCGGCCCGGCUGAGCCGAGGGGGAGCUUGGAGGCUGCGCGCCGCGGAGCUCCGGCGCUCGGAGGAGCCGCUCCGGUCCGCCCCAGCCCCGCUGCCCGCUCGGGGCGGUGGGAGCCCGGCACCGCGGGGCGCAGCCGCCUCCCGGCCCCCGGGGCCGCCUCGGCCAUUUUGAGCGGGGAGCGGCGGCCAAACUUCUCUCGCCGCGCUCCGCCGCCGCUUCUCCCUCCCCUACUCCCGGAGCAGCGAGGGAGGCGGCCGCCGCUCCGCAGGCAGCCCCGCGGGGACAGAGGGAGAUGCGGCGGCGGCUGAGGGGGCUGCCCUGAGCGGAGCCCCCCCCCCUCCUCCUCACCACCGGCACAGCGUCCGUCUGUCCGUCCGUCCGUCCCGAGCGGCGGGGCCGCGAGCCCCUCUCACCUGCGGCCGGCACGGGGUAGCCGGGGCCGGGGCUGCUGAGCGGGGCGGCGGGGCGGGCUGCCGGGGCCGCCGGGCGCCGAGCAUGGAGUGGAGUUACCUGUUGGAAAUCACCUCGCUGCUCGCCGCGCUGGCCCUGCUGCAGCGCGCAGGCUGCGCCGCCGCCUCGGCUGCCGCCGCCUCGUCGUCCUCCUCCUCUUCCUCCUCGUCCUCCUCUUCCUCGGCCAAGGAGCUGUCGUGCCAGGAGAUCACCGUGCCACUCUGCAAAGGCAUCGGCUACAACUACACGUACAUGCCCAACCAGUUCAACCACGACACGCAGGACGAGGCCGGGCUGGAGGUGCACCAGUUCUGGCCGCUGGUGGAGAUCCAGUGCUCCAGCGACCUGCGCUUCUUCCUCUGCAGCAUGUACACCCCCAUCUGCCUGGAGGACUACAAGAAGCCGCUGCCGCCGUGCCGCAGCGUCUGCGAGCGGGCCAAGGCCGGCUGCGCCCCGCUCAUGCGCCAGUACGGCUUCGCCUGGCCCGACAGGAUGCGCUGCGACCGCCUCCCCGAGCAGGGCAGCCCCGACACGCUCUGCAUGGACUACAACCGCACGGACCUCACCACGGCCGCACCGCCGCCAGCCAAGCCCCCGCACCGUGGCUCCAAGCCGGGCAGCCCCGCCAAGGCGCCCCCCGCAGCCGCCGUGCCCCCGGCUGAGGCCCCGCGCAAACCACGGCCACCGCCGCCCUGUGAGCCAGGCUGCCAGUGCCGGGCGCCCAUGGUGUCGGUGUCCAGCGAGCGGCACCCGCUCUACAACCGCGUGAAGACGGGGCAGAUCGCCAACUGCGCCCUGCCCUGCCACAACCCCUACUUCAGCCCCGACGAGCGCGCCUUCACCGCCUUCUGGAUCGGCCUCUGGUCCGUGCUCUGCUUCCUCUCCACCUUCGCCACCGUCUCCACCUUCCUCAUCGACAUGGAGCGCUUCAAGUACCCCGAGCGGCCCAUCAUCUUCCUGGCUGCUUGCUACCUCUUCGUCUCCCUCGGCUACCUGGUGCGCCUGGUGGCCGGCCACGAGAAGGUGGCGUGCAGCGGUGGUGCGGGGGCUGGUGGUGCGGGUGCUGGGGCUGCGGGGGCUGGAGGUGGUGCGGCUGCAGCGGGGGCAGCGGCGGGGGGACGCGGGGCAGCAGGCGGUGCAGCUGAGUUACAGCCGGAGCUGGCAGUGGCUGAGCACGUGCGGUAUGAGAGCACCGGCCCAGCACUGUGCACUGUGGUCUUCCUGCUCGUCUACUUCUUCGGCAUGGCCAGCUCCAUCUGGUGGGUCAUCCUCUCCCUCACCUGGUUCCUCGCUGCUGGCAUGAAGUGGGGCAAUGAGGCCAUCGCUGGCUACGCGCAGUACUUCCACCUGGCCGCCUGGCUGCUCCCCAGCGUCAAGUCCAUUGCCGUGUUGGCACUCAGUUCUGUGGACGGGGACCCCGUGGCUGGAAUCUGCUACGUGGGCAACCAGAGCUUGGAGAACUUGCGGGGCUUCGUGCUGGCACCGCUGCUCAUUUACUUGGCCAUUGGCUCCAUGUUCCUGCUCGCUGGCUUCGUCUCGCUCUUCCGCAUCCGGAGCGUCAUCAAGCAGCAGGGCGGCCCCACCAAGACCCACAAGCUGGAGAAGCUGAUGAUACGCCUGGGCCUCUUCACCGUGCUCUACACGGUGCCAGCUGCCAGCGUGGUCGCCUGCCUCUUCUACGAGCAGCACAACCGGCCCCGAUGGGAGGCCACGCACAACUGCCCCUGCCUGCGUGACCAGCAGCCUGAUCAGGCCCGCCGCCCUGACUAUGCGGUGUUCAUGCUCAAGUACUUCAUGUGCCUGGUGGUGGGCAUCACCUCUGGUGUCUGGGUCUGGUCUGGCAAGACCCUCGAGUCCUGGAGGGCUCUCUGCACCCGCUGCUGCUGGGCCAGCAAGGGUGCUGCUGUGGCUGGGGGCACAGGGGCAGGGGCAGGUGGGCAGGCUGCAAUUGCUGCAGCCGGAGGACUUGGGGCCGGUGGUGGUGGCUCCCUCUACAGCGAUGUCAGCACCGGCCUGACGUGGAGAUCAGGCACCGCCAGCUCUGUCUCCUACCCCAAGCAGAUGCCCCUGUCUCAAGUGUGAGGAGGGGGAAAGAAGCCAAAGGUUAGGGAAUGAGGGACACUGGCCUGCCUGAAAUGCCCCCUCACUGUUUGGUGCCAUUAAUGAACCCCUAAUGGUCCUUAUUAGCCACAGCUUGUAUAGAACAAUGCAGCUGGCAGAGGCCCCAGGCUCCAGCCCCCUCCUCCUUCCCCUCCAUUCACAUGCAGGGAGCAUGUACUUCAAGGAGCCAGCUUAUUAUUUUGCUGGCAGAGGAGGGUAGGGGCUCACCCGUGUCUUGCAGAGGGCAAGGCAAAGCAGCUUCUGAUUCACUCUGGACUAAGAGCAGCUCAGGGGAGGGAGGCUCUUCCUUCCCCCCAUCCUGAGGUGGGAGUCUGCUGGGACUGCAGGUUUCUUGGGAUAUUGAUGACCAGGCAAAUGCCUUAUAAUACAGACUGAAUCAAAACAUGUCUUAAUUAUACACCCCAGAUAAAUACGGGUUUCCUACAUUAAAGGAUGUAUUUAUAUAAUUAUUUGUUACCUUGUACAGAUGUGUAAAAUAUGUAUAUAUCCAAAGCUAUACAGUCUGUAAAUUUUUUUGUAAAAAUGUUUAGAGGCUACCCCUGUAAGAGCAAAUAUGAGUAUUCUAUUUUGUCAAUAAAAUGACUUUUGAUAAAUGA